CACAUUUAGGCAAUCUUACCAUAACCCAUAUCGGGUCGAUCGUGUGUUUAUGUGAAUUUUCAUUAACAUCGAUUAUCUAACUGAAUAAUUUAAAUCAACACAAUAUUAAUAUAUGAAGACAAAAAACCAAUCUUGUCGUAAUUGUAGCCUGAUUGACUAGGCCAUCACACACUCUGAGCUUAAGACCGACCACAAAAUAAAAUUUAAAAAAAAAUAAAGUGAAAGCAUCUCUUUUGCAUCUUCUCCCAUAAUUCCACCAUCUCUCUAUCUUCGUCGGACUUAAGUGGAAGUCGAAUAAAAACAAACAUAAAACUAAAUCUGACGCACUGGAGGAAAGAGAGAACCCAAAAAACCUCAUUUCUCAUUUUGGGGCUACCAAAAAACUAAAAAAAAACCAAAAAACCAAACCAACCAAAACCAUUCAAAAAAUCUCGCAAUAAGUAGUUACAGCUAAACUCGUCUUCGUCUUCACAUUUUUGAGUUGCUUUCGUGUACCACCGCAGCAGUACCUUACCUAUCUUACAGCACAGCUCAUCGAGGUUUUGUUGUUUUAUUUGGUGAACUUCAUAGAUGCUGGAACCUUAUAGUACCUUACCUUACAUAUACCUAUCUUGAGUCAUUAGUGUGACGAAGUGUUAUAGACACUUACAUAUAUACAUGGUAUUAUGGUAUUAUGAGCGUCAGCGUCAGUCUGGUUGAUUUUUUGAAAAUGGUGAUAGAGGUGGUGGUCUUUUGGCAAUAGGUACUCACCUUUAGGUCUAAUACCUUUUAGUCGGUCGGCCGACACGGUCGUCUUUUCGCACCACAAUACGCAUUCUUGCCCAGCGCCAGCGUAAAGCAGCGCCAAACGCAAAAAAUUAAAAAUAAUCAUAAACAAUAAUUGGUGAAAAAGAAAUUUCGGAAACGCACGAAAAUGGGUCAUCUGUCCACUUCGGAUCGCGUCAAUACUUCAAAGCUUACAGCAAACGGAUGUGCAGGUACGGAAAAGGACAGGGACAGUAUGUACGGUAACAACAGUGACGUUGGUGGAGUUUGCAAUGGCGGCAGCGGAACUACAACGAAAUUGUUAAAUGCUGGUGGUGCAUGCACCAGUAAUGGAUAUUGUGCUAAUGGUAAUGGAUACUUAUCUAAUGGAAGUGUUAAACUAUUAAACAAUGCCAAUGGUAAUGGCAGCGGUGGCUAUGGGAAUCAGAAUGGUGGCAUUCAAACGGUUCUCUUGAGCAAAUCUGAAGUGCAAGAUGUCGAGAGUGAUGGUUCGAAUAAUGAAGAGGAUAUCAAAAAUGCAUCAUCAUCGGCAGGAUAUUUCGAACCUACGCACAAUAUCAACUUGGAAGAGUAUACGAAAAAUUUUAGUGGUGAUUCGUUUAUGGGUUAUAAGUUUUUGGCGCCGUUGAAAUGGGAUAAAAUCAUACAGAUUACAUUGCUGCAUAUGGCUUUUCUCUACGGACUCGUUGUGUACGAUUUGAGGGAUUUAAAUCUUAAAACUACAAUCUUCGCAUUCUUCACUGGUGGAUUAGCAGGGUUUGGUGUAACUGGAGGUGUUCAUAGACUAUGGACACACAAGUCAUUUAAGGCCAAUGUUCCAUUGAGAGUAAUAUUGAUGGCGUGUUUUUCACUUUCUGGACAGAAUACUAUUUACGAUUGGGUGCGUGAUCAUCGUGUCCAUCACAAGUUCUCCGAAACGGAUGCCGACCCGCAUAAUUCCAACCGUGGAUUCUUCUUUGCUCAUGUCGGCUGGCUUAUGAUGUUGAAGCACCCCGAAGUCCUGAGGCGAGGUCGUCAACUAGACAUGUCCGAUGUGCUCAGCGAUCCUGUGGUGCAAUUCCAUCAGAAGCAUUUUAUUCUGUUGAAAUUGUUGCUGUGUUUCCUGAUUCCCACAAUGAUUCCGGUGUAUUGCUGGGAUGAAAAGUGGUAUUGUGCCUUCUUGACGCAAUGCAUCUUCCGUUAUGUGUGUAGUUUGAACUUCACCUGGUCGGUGAAUAGUGCAGCACAUAUGUGGGGAGCAAGGCCAUAUGACAAACGCAUCAAUCCAAGCGAGAAUCUUUGUGUAUCAAUUGUCGCCAUGGGUGAAGGCUGGCACAACUAUCACCACGUCUUCCCCUGGGACUACAAAGCAGCUGAAUUGGGAAAGUACUCCGUCAAUCUUACAACAUUCUAUCUGGACAUGUUCGCAAAAAUGGGUUGGGCGUGGGACAUGAAGCAACCGUCCAAGGAGCUUGUCCGAAAAACCAUCGAAAAGUAUGGCGAUGGAACACAUUUCACACAUGGACACGUCCACAUUGCCGAAAUUCCUGAUCCUUCUGAUAAAGGAUCCUAUUACGACCAAAAUAAAAACUUUAAGGAUGACUAGCCAAUUAGGGUUAGCCUAUCUAACUUUAGAGUGUAUAACGGGGAUUAGAUGUUAAGUUAGGAGAAAAAAGGCAACAACAAUAACAACAACAACAAAAUCAUCAGACAUCAUACCACCAUCAUAAAUUAGCUUUUUAAAAGUUUUCUUUUUUUUUCUUUUUUUAAGGUUAGGUUCUUUGAUUUUGCGCUAAAACAUUCAGAGUUUAUGUUUAGGGAAGAAAUUCUAUAAAAGGAUAUUUUUAGGAACAUCAUUUGUUUAAAAAAAUGUAUAAAGUCUAAUUCAAAAAAAAAAAUUACACAUUCUUGUAGAUCAAAUUAUUUAAUCACCGCACAUGCACACGUUUUAGAGAAACAAGAGAAAAGACGUGUCUUAUUGUUUUUGUUUUGAAAUAUCUUUAAUUUAAGACACGUUGGAUUUAAUUGUUUUGUUUUUCGAAAAACUCACAUACCGUAGGUAUUACAUUUUAUUAUUUUUGUUUUGUUUAGUUUUUAUAUAUAUUUUAUAUUAUAACAAAAAGAAAAGAAAACCUCAUUUGAGUGAUGGUGAUGGAAAUCAUCAUUCGAGUAAUAAUUAUUAUUAUAGUCCUAAGAAUCUUGUAGUGUUUAAUUUUAUUUUACAAAUAAAUAUAAAUACAUAACAAACUAUCUAAAAA